AUGGCCACUCAUCGCCGCAUGACUUAUUCUCAGCGGGAAUGGGAUGUCAACCUUGACAAGCAGAAGAUCGAAUUUCUGGAUCAGACCUUGGACAUCGUUCGGUCAUUUAACUCGUUUUCAGACCCCGAAGCCUACCCCAGCUCCUCAGAAGAACAGUCCUAUUACUUCCUAGAAAGACAAGACGAAGGGAAUACACCUCUAUCUGGGAGUAGUCGACAUGAUGUUGACGGUGGUGAACACCAUCUGACUAGCUCGACUUACUCGCAUACAGAUACUCAACCACAAGAGACUAGCAAUCUGGGCCAUUCCACCUUGCAAUUCCACCAGCAAUCCGACCAAUUACCUGGGCUGGUGUUUGACGAUUACACAAACGUUACGACUGAGCAGAUCAAUGGUGACACAGAGUUUGCAGCACAAGAUACCUAUGCUUCGUAUGGCGAUAGAUACCAACUGCGUCUACCCACGUGCGGGCUCAAGCAAGACGAGGCAGAGCUGGUUCGCCAUUUCUUUUCCGGCUUUAGCGAUGCUUUCGAUCUUGGGGAUCCGGAUCGGCCGUUCUCCAGUUGGUUAUCAACUCGAGUGCUGCAAUACCCUCGACUUCUCGAGUCUAUCUUGACGAUUGUCUCAAGACAUUUUGGCAAGAGGAGGACUAAUUCAGGUUGCCUGGACUCAGCGGCCGAGCCGCUUUCUGAAAGCAAUCCACGUUCGCCUAACAUCAGCUCAAACAUUAAUUGUUCCAUGGAAGAGAUCCAUUCUGUCGUGGACCUGUUAUCACGGUUUGCGCAAAGCAUGGAAGUACGCACAGCGAAAUGCUUGGUCUCCUCUCCCUCUCUCGGUCAAGCGAACAUGAUGGAUCGACCGACAGAGCUCUUUGAACGAGAAAGCCUCCCCGAGGCUGCCUGGUGGGCAAAUCUACGAAUGGAAGCCUACUUGGCAGUUGUCAAUCAGGUACCUUUCCCAUCAUACUUAGACUCUCUAUGUGCAGACAAAAGAGGUGCUCCCGUGGAUGACAAAGAUUGGGCAAAUCUUAUGCUUCUUCACUUGACAGACAUCAUCCGAUACUGUCUCUCAGAUAAUAAAGAUACCGAGCACUAUGCGGCGCUGCUGAAAGACAUAACUAUCUGGUCGGAGACAAAGCCAGAUUCCUUCGAUCCUAUAUACACCUGCAAUCACCCCGAGAAACAAGUACUUCCAGAUAUAUGGCUAUAUAGCGAACCAGUGGCUGCUGGCUUGCAAUAUUAUCACCUCAGCAGGAUGCUUCUCAUGUCUCACGAUCCACGUCUUCCAAAGAUUGGGCUUGCAAGGAACAGGACAAUGAAGCAAAUAGAGCUCGAAAUGAAGACCGACACCAAGAUAGUCUGCGCUAUCGCUGCAGGCAUGGGUGAAGCUAGUCCCACAUACCUGUGUGUUCAUAUAGACCCCGAACUUUGGUGA